AUGUCCGCCCUCCCGGCUCCAGAUGCACCCCUUCAGAUUGAAUGGCAGCCGGUGCCCCUCCAGCUUGAUGCCACCGGGCAGACACAGCUUGUCAAAAAACCCAGGACCCCUCUACAGACCUACAUUCCCGGUUGCGAGCCUGCCUGGCAGGAUACCGACGAGGUUUCCAUCCAACAGUUCUUCACAGAGCUCCAGACCUACCUUCAGCACAGUCUGCAGAACCAGUUGACGCGGAGCAGUCAAGCCCUCCUCCUUGUACAAGAGCGCCAGGCAGCACAGAAUGCUCUGAUGGCAGAAACUCUUGAGUACAUGAGGCAUGAAGUCAACUCUGUCCAGGAAGAACUCCGAAAGUGUUACGGGCAUGCCAAGCAUUUACGGGAGUGA